AUGCGAUUUAUCGUUCCCUUUGCGACAGGCUUGAUGACUGCCAUGAUGCAGCGGCAAUCCGGAGAUGAGAUGCGUCCUGCAGAGUGUUACCGCAGUAUUGAAAAUUCACUUCAUUUCCGCAAUAGUAAACGCAAAGGUGAAGUUUUUUCUCAACGCUAUGAACCAUACCAGUUAGCGGAUGUAAUUCCCAUCACACAUGAUACGGCACUCUUUCGCUUUCUACUGGAAGAGGAUGAGGAGUUUAAUCUUAAACCAUGUUCCACACUACAGGCAUGCUAUAAGUAUGGGGUUCAACCUAUGGAGCAGUGUCAUCGUUUCUACACACCAGUGACAGCGAAUCACACAAAGGGAUAUUUUGAUAUUAUUGUAAAACGACGACAAGAGGGACUUAUGACAAAUCAUCUCUUUGGUAUGCAUAUAGGAGAUAAAUUACUUUUUCGUUCUGUAGCCUUUAAGGUACAGUACAAACCAAAUAAAUGGAAACAUGUAGGUAUGAUAGCUGGAGGUACAGGAUUUACUCCUAUGCUACAAAUCAUACGUCACUCACUUUUAGAAAAGUGGGAUGAUGGUACAAUAGAUCGAACAAAACUAUCUUUUCUUUUCUGUAAUCGUACAGAAAAACACAUCCUUCUUAAAGGUCUCUUUGAUGAUCUUGCGGAACGUUUUAGUCGGUUUAAAGUAUAUUACACUGUAGAUCAAGCGGUGAAUCCCGAUACCUGGCCUCACUUUGUAGGGUACGUUUCCAAAGAAAUGGUUCAACAGACCAUGCCGGCACCGGAGGAAAAAGAUAAAAUUAUUAUGUUGUGUGGACCGGAUCAACUGCUGAAUCACGUGGCCGGUACACCAAUGAGUACAAUGAGUGCCAUGUCUAGUGGUGUAAAUAUUCAACCCAUCGCUCCAGAUCUUAACAACUUGGUUCGACUCGGUGGUAUAUUGGGAGAACUAGGGUACUCUAACGAUGAUGUGUACCGCUUUUAA